AUGCAAGAGGUGGCACUGAGCCUGUUGGUGCUCAUGGCAGUUCUGCCUGCCCUGAAGGCCAAUGAAAUUGAAGAUAAAAACAGUCCUUUCUACUAUGACUGGCACAGCCUUCGGGUCGGUGGUCUCAUUUGUGCUGGGGUCCUGUGUGCCAUGGGCAUCAUCAUCCUCCUGAGUGGGAAAUGCAAAUGCAAAUUCAACCAGCAGCACAGCCACUGUCCCGGGGAAGCCCCUCCGCUCAUCACUCCAGGCUCUGCCCAUAACUGCUGAGAUGAAACCAGGUCACCACAUGGAGCUUCUUUCCUGUCCCAGGCCUGAUACCUCAGGAUUUCUCCUUCUCUCCAGAUUGCCCAGUGAGGUCCUCACUUGUCUGUCAUUGGAGGUUGCCCUUCUGUUUUAUUUUUAACCUCAAAUGGCCUUGCCUCUUUCCCAAACAGUCCCAGGCUAGGACCAGGGUGUGGGGUAGAAGCAAUGACUGCACUGAGGCAGCCACAGUAACUGAAUCUGUGUUGGCAGCUGAAUCUCUGUUGGCACCUGUGGUCUCCCCCCCACCCCCAAUCUUCUUCUCUCUUGACUUGGUAUGUGCCGUGAGGUCCUCCUUUUACCUCCAUGUCACAGAGGCCACCAAUGAAUUAAAUUUAAACUUGUGUAACA